CCUAGCAUUAAUAUCAAACAAAACAGGUGUUGUCAGGUGCGAAAAAUGGCCGAGGAAACGUAAUGAUAAGAGGUCGAAUACAGAUUUUUCUUUGAAAUCAAACUAAAUAACAGAAAAUUAGAUCAAAAGUAAACUGAAUAAAGAGUGGCUGCUUGUUACGAUGUGUGAACUUGCAUAUCAACUGAGAUCAAUUUACUAAUAUUUCUUCUUAUAUUUGUGAACUGAAGUUGCCAAAGCUAAAGACAAAAUGGCGACAGCAGCGAUGGCAAGGACGAUGACUGAAACGAUCGGUAUAGAACCAACUCUGCAGAUGAAACUACAGAUGCCUAGCCUGCAGUCAAAGAAUGGUGAGAGCAAUAACAAACUCAGAAAUAGGUUAAGGCUGGAUCCAUCUCGUGCUUUGGAACCAGGCAGAAAGAAGAUAGCAACAAUUGAGGCACAGAGGAUUAUGUCAGUCUUUGAAGACACAAUUAUGAAGUCUGAGGUUGUUACUCUAUUACCAUCUAUUGUAGAUAAUCUAGAUAGGUUUCGUGUAAGCUUUGGCAGUGAGCUGUCAGACCUCAUUGAACAUCAUGGUGUUGUUCUUGGCAGUUAUGAAGACAUUAAAAGGGCGCUUGACAAACAGUUUCUUAAGAAUGCUAAGAAGUCAAAAGUCGGUGAACAGAAAACAGCUUCUCCACCAGUAUAUACUGAAGAUGAACCAGAAGGCAACCAGAUGCUUGAUGAUAUGGAUCCAGCUGCAGCAGUGGCCGUCACUCCAUCACAGAAGUCUGGAUCAAGGUCCGUGUCUCGAUCUAGUGGCGGCAGUUACCAGGAUAGGCCCUCAAGCACAGGCAGUGUUGGUUCCAACUUCAGCAUGGACAGCCAGAUUGAAAGAACAGUACGAAGCUUGACAAUGGUUGCACAGCAGAUCAAUACAUCCAGCAAGAACAUUUUGCGAGGAUUCCAGGCCAAUCCGUCAGCACUAAAUACUGUGAAACAGGAAUAUGGGAGACGUGGACAGUCUGCUAGGGCGUUCAUUACCUACAUGAAUGAACUUAAGGAUAUUCUAAUGAAUAAACUUUUAACUACCCCUGAAGAAGAAAAGGAGAGGAUGAACUACCUUCAAGAAAUAUCGACAAGAGAGCGUAAUAAUGCAUCGAUUAUUGAAAAACUAGAAGCUGAGCUUAAAGCUGCCCAGGAUGAUAAAGAUGAAGAGAUAAGAAAAAAGAACGAUGUUAUUAGAGGCCUGCAAGCUGAUCUUCGCCAGAUACAGAAGUUUUCUGAAGAUCACAUUCGUAGAGUUAACUCAGAGGCAGACAAACAGAAAGCUGCAGACAAGAAGAAUAGCGAAGGGAGAAAACAGAGACUUCAGCAGGAGUUGGCCCAACUUCAGACUGAGAAACAAAACCUUGUAACUGAGCACAGAGAAAAUGAGCAAGAUCUUCGAAAGAAAAAGUUUAAGAUCGAGACUGAGGUUGAAAACUGGAUACAGCGUUAUGACCAAGAUAUGGGUGAAAGACAGGAUGAAUACGAGGAAAUCGACGAGGUCUACACGCAGGAGAAGACUCAACUGCACGAACUGGAAGAGAGAUUCAAGACACUCGAGUCUGAGUACCAGACAAUCAUGGAGGAGAGGCGCCUGGCACGUGAACGUCGUGAAGCUGCUGAACGCGAGCUUGCCCUUAUGGUUAAAGCAUCGACGACCAUUCAAGCAUUCUGGCGAUCGUUUAAGGUUCGUAAGGCACUCAAGGCUCGCAAGAAGAAGGGUGGAAAGAAGAAGAAAGAAUAAGUGGUUGAUAAACGUUUGGAAGUGCAUUUGCUUUUGAGAAACUUCCCAUGUUUCAUGCUAUUGAAACAAUUUUCGUAGAAUUAAAAAUGUCAAGAUAGAAUUCCAGACUUAGCAUUAAACGAUCUAAAACUUUUACACUAAAAUUGUCAUGUUCUUGGCACUUUUUAUUACAAAUGAACACAAAUGUAAGCAUUUGUGUUUGAUACUCAUCAGAUUUUGUUUGCAUACAUUCUUGAAAAGUGUUGUGUUUGUUCAUCUUUAAGUAGAUUACUCUUUGACUCUUGUGUCAUGAUUGUUAAAAUAAGUGUGAAUGAUUUUUGCGUUAAUUUAACUGCAUACAUUAAUUCUUUUCUUUUUUCUUGGUCUAUAUUUACCUUUAUUUUGUCUGUGAUAGCUGUUAUAUGAAAUAAUGGGCUAAAUAGAAAUUAUAAUAACGCAACUUGUGUUGUGAAUUGUUUAUAAACUGAUAAAACCAUGAA